AGAACGCGGGGGCAGGGAAAGGAGGAGUUACACCGGGCUCUGGUCGGGAGAAGGAUUUAUGGAGGGGUCGGAGGUGGGGCCACGAUUGGAGAAGCGAAGUGAUUAGAGCGGAGGCCGGAGGACGGGCCCUGAUUGGAGGAGGAGCGGAGUUAGAGCUGAGCUCUGACCGGCCGAGCCAAAGCGGAAGGGGGCGGGGUCGGGGUCGGAACGGAGGCGGAGCCUGAGUCGAGCAGGGGCGGGAUCAGAAGGGCGUAGGCGGGAAGGGGCGGGGUCAUAGCGUCUGGGCGGAGGCGGAGGCGGAGGCGGAGGCGGAGGCGGAGGCGGAGGCUCAGGUUUCAGCAGGGUGUCCAGGGCCAGAGACAAGCUGCGGUCCAGCAGAUCCCCGGAGCUUCGCUCCCCAGCCGGAGCGGAGCGCAGCCCGGUAGGCGGGCGAGCGAGGCGCAUGGAGAAAGGCAGCGGUAAAGGCCGGCCCUCCUCAUCGAGCCCCGUCGUGGUGGUGGUCGGCGGCGGUAUAGCGGGGCUCGGGGCGGUGCAGCGGCUCUGCCGGCACUCUGGCUUCCGGAACUUGCGGCUCCUGGAGGCCACUGACCGCUGUGGGGGCCGCAUCUGCUCGCAGUCCGCCUUCGGUGGUGUGAUUGAGAUUGGGGCGCACUGGAUCCAUGGGCCCUCCAAGAACAACCCUGUCUUCCAGCUGGCUUUAGAGUAUGGCCUGUUGGGUGAGAAAGAGAUGUCCGAGGAAAACCAGCUUAUUGAAGUUGGUGGCCACCCUGGUCUGCCCUCUCUGUCCCUCUCCAGCUCUGGCAAAAAUGUGAACCUCAAAUUGGUAGAAGAUGCAUCUAAUCUGUUUUAUACUCUGUUAGACCAAACCCGUGAGUUUCUUCAUAUGACAGAAACCCCUGUCCCCAGUGUGGGGGAAUACCUGAAGAAGGAGCUUGCUCGGCACAUGGUUGAUUGGACAGAAGAUGAAGAGACAAAGAACCUUAAACUGUCCAUCAUGAAUGUCUUUUUCAACCUAGAGUGCUGUGUGAGUGGGAGCCACAGUAUGGAUUUGGUUGCCCUUGGAUCCUUUGGGGAAUACGCCACGUUGCCAGGGCUAGAUUGUACCUUUUCUGAGGGGUAUGAAGGCCUCACAAACUGCAUAAUGACUUCUUUGCCGAAAGAUGUUGUACUGUUUAACAAACCAGUGAAAACCAUUCACUGGAAUGGCAGCUACAGACAAGAAAACUUUCCAGGAGAGAAAUUUCCAGUGCUAUUGGAAUGUGAAGGAGGAGAGAAGUUCCCAGCACAUCAUGUUAUAGUUACCAUACCCUUAGGUGUUCUCAAAGAGCAAAUCAAUACUUUAUUCAGCCCACCACUACCCCGUAGGAAAGCAGAAGUGAUUAGGAGAAUGGGCUUCGGAACCAACAAUAAAAUAUUCCUGGAGUUUGAAGAACCUUUCUGGGAACCAGACUGCCAACAAAUCCAGGUCGUGUGGGAGGACGCAUCACCAUUUCUGGAUGCGAAGGCUGAGCUACACGACAUAUGGUUCAAAAAGCUCAUUGGCUUUUUAGUCCUGCCUCCCCUGGAGUCCACAUAUGUUCUCUGUGGGUUCAUUGCUGGACUGGAAUCAGAAUUUAUGGAAACUCUUUCUGAUGAGGAAGUAAUUUCAUCUCUAACUGAAGUUUUAAGAAGAAUAACAGGAAAUCCACAGCUCUCCAGGCCUAGGAGUAUGCUCAGGUCCAGGUGGCACAGUGCCCCCUACACCAGAGGCUCUUACAGCUACGUUGCAGUUGGCAGCUCUGGAGAUGACAUUGAUACUCUUGCCCAGCCCCUUCCUGCAGACUCCUCAGGCCCCCAGUUUCAGAUCCUUUUUGCCGGGGAAGCCACCCAUCGGACGUAUUACUCUACCACCCAUGGUGCUCUGCUGUCUGGGUGGAGGGAAGCGGAUCGCCUCAUCAGCUGCUGUGACUCCCAGACCCAGCAUCUGAAACCCAGGCCCUGAGACUUUCCUUCUUGCUGCACCUUUGCUCUAAAUGCCGUUCCUCUCCGAUGGCUUUAUGAUUGUUUAGUUAUUAGACACAACAAAUAAUUUUCAGUCCAGCUCAGGCUUUCUUUGGAAAUGUUGAGAGUCAUUCUCUUAAUUUUUAAAAAAUUGUUAGUUGGUAACUCUUAUUUCUUGAAACUAUUGCUAUGCUCAGACUCCCUGAAAAAUUGCCAUCAGUGCCAUGACUGAGCAGCAAGAGCUAAGUGUUCUGGUGAUUCUGAAUACAGUAUGUGAUGAACAGUAUUGCACUAAAAUAAAGUCUUUUAAAAACA